AUGCACUUGUCGCUGCCCAAAGUGCUCUGCAUCUGCUACAUUGUCAGUAUCUUCCGAAUCCAGAAGCGUGUCUGCAAUUUUCUGAGUCUCUACCAUGUGCGAUUCGACGGGGUCGCAAAAAGAUUCCAUCAAGGUCAACAGUUCAUUUUAUACUGUAUCUACGCGUACAAUCUGUUUUGUCUUUUCCCUUACUGGUUGAACAAUGAAUCCUUUAGGAUAAACCGAUACAGCCUUUUCAUCUACUUGGGGCCCCUGAUCUACUACGUUCAGCACAAGAAUGCUAUGCUCACAACCCUGAAUAAAAUGACAGGGGUACACCUGGAGCUCCAGUCCCUCCUGGGCCAGCUCUUCUGUGUGGAGGUAAAGAGGGCUGUUGUCUGUUCCUUGGUAGUGGUCUUCGAAAUAUUUAGUCUGACCUGCUGGAAGUUGGCUAACUAUGAUUUCAUUCAGCUGAUCGUUACAAUUGGCUAUCCUUUAUUUUGGCUCCUGCAGCCGCUGCUGCAAAUAAACAGCUACAUUUGGCUACUAGCCGUCUAUAAGGCCAUGCACCCGGUGCUAACUGCCUCCGAGCUCACCCGCAGGGAGCGUUGGAAGAUUCUGAAAUCAUUACUGAAAAUCCACCGCAAAUUGGGAUUCAUUCAGAGGGAUGUAGCCUCAUAUUUCAUUAUGUACCUUAUGUCAGUGAUGGUGAUCCUUUGGGAGUUCUAUGCCCGAAUACUAAUCUUCCAAACAGGCUUUAGUGAGGAGCUCAAUAGGCUCAUACUAGUGAACCUCAAGCUUUGGCAGAUCAAGUACUUGGCACUCAUACUCUUCCUGGUCGCUACUUUGCUUUUUGUGAUGGCAGACUUCAAGUCCCAGCGGGAUAAAUUCGUGAAAGGUAUGUGGCAUUCCGGAUUGCUAAAUCAAAGAAUCUGUGACUUCAGGGAACGCAAAGUAUAUAGAAGACGCUGCAGGCAGACUCUGGACGUAGUCGAUUUGUUGCUGCGUACUGGAAAUGGGCCUAAAGAUCUGCUCUGUCCAAAUCUAUCCCUCAUGGAACUUCGAAUCAAUGAGGAUACUUUAUUUGUCUUGGAAUCGCCAGCGCCCCUCCCCGGCGACUACAUUCAAAAUGUCGAACUGGAAAUCUAUUAA